AUGAAUAUAGCACUGUGGAAUAAAGCAGCAGUAUGUAAACACUACUGGGACCUAUGCAGAGAAAAGAACAAAUUGUGGAUCCAAUGGAUUCACAGUUACUAUAUUAAAGGCAGAGAAGUAUGGGGUAUUCAGGUGAAGCAAGCAUCUUGGAUGGUGGGAAAGAUACUUAAAGCACAGGAGACACUUGAGAAGGCAGGUUUCAAUUAUGAAGAAGUAAAGAGAACCAAAAAAUGCAGUAUCAAAAGAAUAUAUCACAGGUUGUGUGGCUCAUUUGAAAAGGUGAGAUGGAAGAAGGUAGUAUGCCAGAAUGCAGGAUGCCCACGAUGGACUUUCCUGCUAACAUUGACAGCUCAUGGUAAACUAUACACGAAGGAUAGGCUUCAGAAAUGGGGCAUGCAUGUAGAAACUGAAUGUGUACUCUGCAGAACAGAGGAAGAGAGUGUUCAACACUUGUUCUUUGAGUGUGAAUACUCAAAAGCACUAUGGAACAGGAUACUAGCUUGGCAAGGAAUGAGUAGGGGAGUACAGGGAUGGGAGCAAGAACUGGCAUGGGCUGUAUACAAAGCCAGGACAAGGAACCCAAAGUCAGAACUAUUCAAGAUGACCCUAGCUGCAACUGUGUAUUAUGUAUGGAAGGAACGUAAUGCAAGUUUCAGGCAAAAUCAGGGGAUGGAAGCAAUAUGCAUGAAGAUUGUCCAAGAACUUCACUGCAGGAGUAACAAAUACAUAGAAGCAAGGAUGAAUAGUCUUAAUUGGCAUCCUUGUAAUAGAUAG